AUGGCAGCGGGGAGCAGUUGCGUCAACACGCUCCUGCUGAUGCUGCCACUGCUUGCCGUGGUAGCAGUUGGGAAGACGUCCCAUGGUGAUGGUGGCAGCACUAUACAGCUACAGCAGCAGCAUGAUCACAGCGGACUCGAACCCACGUCCACAGCGAUCAAACUGCGGGGAGGAGUGGCGAGCAGCGGCCGGCUCCUAGCAUCCUCAAAUCCUCCAGCAGCGGCGAGCAGCGGCCGGCUCCUAGCAUCCUCAAAUCGUCCAGCAGCGGCGAGCAGCGGCCGGCUCCUAGCAUCCUCAAAUCCUCCAGCAGCGGCGAGCAGCGGCCGGCUCCUAGCAUCCUCAAAUCCUCCAGCAGCGGCGAGCAGCGGCCGGCUCCUAGCAUCCUCAAAUCCUCCAGCUCCUCGACCUUCCACAAACUCUUCCCCUUCCUCUCCCUCUCAACGAAAAUCCCAAUCGCCGCCACGUUCACCACCCUCCGCCGCCGCGGCCAUCGACUCCUUGUCCCGCGCCCCCCCCUGCCCCUCCGAGUGCCCCUCGGGCUAUGUGUUGGAGCCUGUCGCUUCGGGCCUGGUGGACGACCUGUAUGGCACUGUGUUGGUUCUCCUGGACGACGUGCCAGACACAGUCACGGACACAGACGGGGCAGCACAGGGCGGGGCUGGCGGCAAGGGUGAUAGGCGGACUGGCGGCAACGGCGGGGCUGGCGAGGAGAGUGGGGAGGACGAGGAUGAUAGGGAGGUUGGGAACGGGCGUGGUGGAGGGGAUGUGGAUGAGGGGGAGGUGAAGAAGCGGAGUUGCAAAUGCGUGGAGCCGUUUCUGUUGUCGCUGCAGUUCAAAAUCUGCUCCUCCAACAUCACCCUCUCGCCCCUCCUCAACCCUGCCAUCUCCUCUCCACCCGGCCGCCCUGCCCCAGUUCCUCCAUCACCCCCCUCCUCAUCCGGUCCCCCGCAUGCGCCUGACAAGCGGGCAGCAGACGGUGGCACUGACGCUUUCUUCCCGUGGUUCAAACCCAAGGGGCGCAACGGGCGCAAUGACCUGCCCCGAUCACAGCAAGACGAGGACGACGAUGAUCAGAGCCUUUCUUAUCAGGGCGACAGGCAGGGCAGGGCAGGGCAGCAGGGGGGUGAUGCAGCAGGGCGGGGGAGUGCUCCCCCGGCAGCCAUGCCCCUCAACCUACCAGAGCUUGAAUUCCACUGCCUGCCGCUGCUGCUCCCCCCCUCCCCGCCCCUCUCCACUCCUCCCUCGCGAAACCCGCCUGCCACGGAAGCAGUGCGGAAUGCGACAACAGCAGCAGUGGCGAAGCUGUUCACGCCGCCAGCACUCGCCCGCUUCGCAGGCAGCCUCAUGGUGCUGCCGGCGCGCAACAUCCCCGCCACCGCCGUGGCCGUCACUCCCCGCGGCCUCACAGGCGUGGUUCUCAAGAUCUUCCCCCGCCCCGGCUUUGAAGGCUUCCUUCCCGAGGAGGAAGAGGCGAUGUGGGAGAAUCUUGCAGCCAUCGGCCGGGGCGUGUUUGACCAGGAUGUGAGGCCGUGGGGUUCUGGUGCGGUGCGGGACGGUUCUGAGGGGUUCCGGAACGGUACUAGUGGGAGGAAGCACCGCAGGAGUGACAGCGCGAGCAGCAGCGGUGGUAAGGGCGGGGGGAAGCUGUUUGCAGCAAAUCUGCGGGUGUUUGGAGGGAAGGGGCUGAAUGGAGGGGCGGGGAAGCUGAAUGGCUUCCGCAAGGCAUUUGGAAGCAAAGCCUUUGCUCGCCUCGUCCCAGAUCCAGAAGCCAUCCUCGCUGCAGGCGCACUCGAUAUAAGCUACACUGCCAUAGAGGCCGCCACGCACCGCUUCAGCGAGAAGAACCUUCUGGGAAGGGGCACGUUCGGGCGCGUGUACAAGGCCACGCUGCCCAACGGCCUGAGGCUCGCUAUCAAGAGGCUGGACCUGUUCGUUGCUGGGGGGGACGUGGGCCGAGCGGGGGGUGCCGGAGGAGGGAGAAGGAGUGGCCAAGCAGGGGUGGUGUCCAGGGAAGCUGCCAGGAAGCUGUUCGUGCAGCAGGUGGGUGGUUUGUCCCUUGUGGUUCGUGAUGAUCUCGCGUGUUUUGUCGCUGUCUCUCAUGCGCUGAACUGGCGUACGACUUUGUGCCGUGAUGGCGUCAGUGCCCAAUGGGCUACCAAAUCUCCCUUCUCCCGCAUCGCUGCUCCUCUCUACUCUUCCGCCACACCUCCCUUCCUUCUCCCACCCAAACAGGUGGAGGCGCUCUCUCUUAUGCGCUGCCCGCACGUGGUGCCGCUGCUGGGUUACUCCACGGACGGUGUCAGUGCCGUGCUGGCGUACGAGUUUGUGCCCAACGGCAGCCUGCAUGACCACCUGCAUGGCUCGGGUCGGCUGGACUGGGCACACAGAGUGAAGAUAGCCGUGGCCGUGGCCAGGGGCCUGCAGAGCCUGCACCAGCGUCUCGUGCCCAUCGGCCCCGCCUCGCCCCUUUCCCCUCACCACGAAGCCACUGCCGCCCGGGACCCGGCCCACGGCCACCCAGCAGCAGCAACCGGCCAAUCAGCUUCAUCCACCUCACCUUACACCACAAACCCCGGCUACAGCUCCAAUCCCACUGCUCGUAUCACCCCAUCCGACACCUCCUCUGAACCGCUACAGAGCAGUGCCUAUGCCUCUCCACACAGCUCCCUGCCCUCGUCCCUCGGCGGCUCCCCCCACAAGCUGGACACACUGCAGGAGAGUCCGCUGGAGGGCGAAGGGGAUGGGGAGGGGGAGGGGUAUGGAGACGGGGAGGAGGAGUUUCUUGUUUCUGUGGGUCAGGGGAAUGGGCCGAGUGACAGUGAUAGCUACAGCAGCAGUGGGGAGUUCGAGGGCGGGGUGGGGGGCGGUGUUGUGCAUGCCAACCUUAAGAGCGCCAACGUGCUGCUUGAUAACUCGGGGAACGCCAAGGUAACGGACUAUUGUCUCUCCCGCCUGGCGGAGGACGCUCUUCCCACAAGGCGGGGCGGCAGAGCCACCGGCACAUUCGGCUACCUCGCUCCAGAAGGGGUGCUGUUCGGUGUGAACACGCAGCGCAGUGACGUGUACAGCUUUGGGGUGAUCCUACUGGAGCUGAUAACGGGUCGGCGCCCCAUCGACCUUUCCAAGCGGCCAGACGAGCAGUCCCUCGUCUCAUGGGCCGUGCCGCUCAUUGACAAGGAUGAGACGCUCGCCAUUGCAGACCCGGCCUUGAGGAACCGCUUUCCACCAACCAGCUUCCACCACCUGGCCACUGUUGCCGCCGUGUGCGUGCAAUCCGAGCCGUCCUUCCGGCCAACAAUGACGCAGGUGCUCGGGUCGUUGGUCCCUCUCAUAGACCUUGCAGAGCAGUGGAAGAGCCAGGGGAAGCCUCAUGCCGGGCCCCUCAAGUCUGCUUCUCCACCUUCGUCUGGAUUGGCGGAGAAUGACAGUAACGAUAGCGGCGACGACGAUCCGCUGCCGGUGGGCGUGAGCGCGCUGGAUUGGGCGUUCAACAUGCUCCGCUGGUGCCCCGCCAGCGACCUCGAGCUCCGUUCCUGCGAAUGCCGACUGCUCUCGUUCGUUAGGACCCCGCAUCGCGUGAUCCAAAUAGACAUCGGCCACCCGCCGGCCGUCCGCAAGAAAGCCACCGUCUGGCCGUCAGACAAACCGCUGGAAGACACUCUGUCGUGGGGCUGGCAGAAGGCGGCGGAAACCGACGGCGGAAGCGGCGGCGCAGGCGGUGGCGACGCGGCGGAGAACUGCUUCAUCAACACGCUGGUGGUGGGGGCGACGACGUGUCGCGGCGACGGGCGCGGCGACGAGGAGGAGGUGAACGGCAAGCCGAACCUGGUGAUGAUCCACGGGUACGCGGCGGCGCUGGGGUUCUUCUUCCGCAACUACGACGCACUCGCGGAGCACUUCAACGUCUACUCCAUCGACCAGCUCGGGUGGGGAGCAUCUAGUCGGCCCACAUUCACGCCUGCUUCUCCUGAAGAGGCGGAGACGUGGUUUGUGGAGGCACUGGAGGCGUGGCGAAGGGAGAUGGGGCUGCGGCGCUUCGUGCUGCUCGGCCACUCCUUUGGGGGAUUUGUCGCCUCUAGAUACGCCCUCAAGUAUCCCUCGCGCGUGCGGCAUCUAGUGCUGGUGGGGCCAGCGGGGUUCAGCCACGAGUCUGCCAAGAUGCAACAGUUCCGCUCCACAUGGAAGGGCUUUGCCUUCCAGUGCUACUGGGACACCAACAUCCCACCCCAGCAGUUCAUUCGGUGGCUGGGACCAUGGAGUCGGGACAUUGUGAAGAGUGCCACAACACAGCGAUGGUCCGACCUGCCAACACCGCAGGAGAACAUGACUCCCGAGCAAGUGGACGCCUUCUGUGACUACAUAUACCAGACGCUCUCAGCGCCCAUGAGUGGAGAGCAGUGCAUGAAGUUUAUCUUCUCCCUCGGGGCCUUCGCUCGCCGCCCACUCAUCGACAGUGCGGUGCACUGGAAGGCGCCCACAACGUUCAUCUAUGGGGAGCAGGACAUCAUGGAUCAUCGGGCAGGGCUGGCAGCCGCCAAGCAGAUGCCCGUGCCAGCGGAGGUCUUCAACGUGCGCGAGAUGCCUUCAGUGGAUAACACUCAACCUGCCAUAUUCGCCUCUCCUCUCCACCACAUCCUUGGACUCAUCUCCAGCUGCUCCACUGUGGAUGCGGCGUGGAAGCAUGUGGAACCUCACCAUAUCCCCCUCACCACCUGCCACAAGAUUCACCUCGAUAUGACAUCAACGGUUCUGAUCGCGCCGCAAGGGAACAGUGAUAGGGCGGGUAGCCGUUCAGAUGUGGGAUCGGCCAUGGAGGGGAACAGAGACGAAGCUCAGAAGGCGAAAGGCCUCGCCGAGACGAAGCUAUUGGCUGGCGACGUUGCAGGAGCCCGGCGUUUCUGGGAGAAGGCCAGUCGCAUGUACGCGUCGCUCGACGGCCUUUCGCAGAUGCAGGCCGUCCUCGACGUCCACGAAGCCGUCGCGAAGCGGUUACCCGGUGUCGGUCAAGGCGAGGUGGACUGGUACCUCGUUUUAGACGUUCCCGAUUUCUGCGACGACGACGCGUUAAUAAAGAAAUCGUACCGAAAGAAAGCGCUGCUGCUGCAUCCCGAUAAGAACAAAGGCGCGGGGGCGGAGACCGCGUUUAAGUAUGUCUCAGAGGCGUUCGGUUGCCUGUCCGACAAGGUGAAAAAGUCGCAGUUUGACCUAAGAAAGCGAGCCAGAGCAGCCAUCGGAGCGCGCGGCGGGCACCACUCCGCCGCCGGCGCAGCCGCCGCCGCCGCCGCGAGUCGGCAUCACACCGCGGCGAAUCGGCAGCAUGGGGGCAGCGGUCGGGGGCACGGAGCGGGAGGGGGAAGCAGCGGCGCAAAAGGUGGCGCCGCGGCGGGCGGUGCGGCGGCUCCGCAGUUCUACACGCGGUGCCACCAUUGCUGCGCGAGCCUGCUGUGUAAGCAGGACUCGCGCGGGCAGAUAGUGAAGUGUCUGCUGUGCGAAAAGAUGUUCCUCGCUCUCGAACAGCCGCAGGCACAGGGCAGCCUCUUCGAGCGGUUCUGCUCGCCGGGACCCGCCGCGUCGGGGUUCCGCCAGGCAUUCGUGAACGACGUGUGGGACAAGGUGCAGCGGGAGCGCAUGGAGGAGCAGGCGGAGGGGCGGCGCAGGGACCGCGAGCGGAAGGAGGCGGAGGUGGCGGAGCGGAAGCGCGUGGCGAAGGCGGCUAGGGACGCGGAGAGGGAGCGGAAGAAGGCAGCUGCUGCUGAAAAGGCGGCGGCGGUUGUUGCGGCGGCUGUGGCGGCCAUGGGGGCUGGCGCGGGGAGGGAAGGCGGAGGUGGGCAAACGAAGGGGAUGGCGGGUGAGGCGGUGGGGGGAGAGGGAAUGGGCGCGCCUGGUGCAGGGGCGGGCGGGGUGGGGGUGGCGGGAGACGCGGGAGGAGGUGAGGCGGGAGGAGAAGGGCGGAGCACGCGGAAGAGGCAGAGGGGGAGGGAGGGGAAGGAGGAUGUGCUUCUAGGCGACAUGUCUGCUGCCGUUCAUGCUGCCAUGGCUGCUGCGCGCGCUGCUCUUGGGACGGGCGCGAUGAAUGGGCCGGGGCAGGUCUGGGCGGUGUUUACUGACCGGGUGCUGCUGCAGCAGCGGCGGAACGGGGCAGGUUCGGGGGGAGGUUCGGGGGUAGGGUUGGGGGAGGGGUUGGACAGGUAUGAUAUGGUGCAGGUGGCUCGGGAAGGGGAGGUGAAGGGGGGUGUGGCAGCGGUGGUGGGAGCGGCUGGGUUGAUUGGGCUGCCGGAAAGGCCGGAGGAUGGGGUGAGAGGGCAGGUGGUGGUGUGGUUGCUACGACGCAUGGAAGGAUACACGAGCAUUUUCCAGCUCGCGGUGGUUGUGGCGGUGCUGGCGGCGCUGCUGGUGGGCGCCGUCGCGGAGGAGCAGGAAUUUCUUCCCGGGCAGCCCAAGGAGAGUGUUCGGGGCAGCGGAGGCCGCGUGGAAACGUGGAGCGAAGAUUUCAAGCAGCUGCAGGCAGCGGAGGUGGGAGCAGCAAUGAUCACUGUGGAGAGCCAGUCGCUUGCACUGCCCUCCUACUCCGAUUCCGGGCAGGUGGGCUAUGUGUUGAGCGGCGAGGCCAUGGCGGGUCUCCUCAGCCCCAUGGGAGCUCCUACCACAGUCAGGCGGCUGAGGGAGGGCGAUGCGUUUGUCAUUCCGAGGGGGUGGGCGCGCUGGGUGUGGAACAACGGCCAGCAGCCUCUCCGCAUCGUCUCUCUUGCUGACACCUCCAAGGGCCCUUGCCCCUGCCGCUACACGCCCUUCCACCUCAUGGGAGCGCAGAAGGAGCGCUUCGGAGGCGUGCUGCAUGGCUUCAGAAGGAGUGAGUCGGAGGCAUUUUGCAUGGCUUCAGUCAAUUUUCCUGCCCGCCACGUUCUAGUGUACCAAUUCUCCCCCCGCACGCCUUUCCGCGCACCCUUCAGCCGCGACCUGCUGGCCCAGGCAUGGGACGUGGAGGAGAAGGACGUGCAGCAGCUGCUGGAGGCACAGAAGGAAACGUCCUUCGUGAAGGUCACCCCUCGGCUGCGAGCAGAGCUAGAGCAGCUGGUCAACAGGCUUGAGCAGGCAGAGGUGCUGGAUGAAGAGGAGAUUGAAGAGAACGACCAGCCGCACUUUGGCAAGGGAGCUAAGCGCAGUGUGAGCAUCUUUGCUGAUUUCACCUACAACCUCAAGGCCCGCCAGCCGGACAUCUACAUGAAGCGCGGCGGAACUGUGACGUCUGCGAGUGGAUACAAGCUGCCGGCGUUUCGCAAAGUGGGCUUUGCAGUGGCGCGCUUCAGCCUGGAGGGCAAUGCCAUGACGGCGCCUAAAUGGCUGGCGAAUGCAGCGGCCAUGCUGUAUGUGACCAAGGGCAAGGGGCGUGUGGAGAUCGCCUACCCCGACGGCAAGCAGGCCCUGCGGCAUGACGUGAAGGAGGGUGACUUUGUGGUCGUGCCUGCCAGCUUCCCACACGCUGCUCUGGCCUAUGGCGAGGGCCUAGAGGCUAUCGCUAUGAUUCCCAAGAGUCGCCCGCAGCCAGGGUUUCUGGCGGGGGCAAACUCGGUGUUCCGCAUGCUGCCCCCCGCCGUGCAGCGCGCUGCUUUCAACGCCGAUGAGAAGCUGCUGGAGAAGCUGCGGGCUACCAGGCAGAGCGAGUUUGGCAUCCUGCCUCCCAGGAAGAGCAAGGGAGAGACGGAGGAGGAAGGAGAGGAGAUGCCCAUGCUCAUCGAGCAGGUGGUGGGCUUCUGA